UCUACAAUGAAAACUGAGAUUGCGGGGGGUGGAAAAGACCAUGAAAGGAAAGAGCUGUAGCAUACUUAUAAGGCGUUGUUUGUUUGGGAUAGUAUGUGUGGCUUGUCCCCCUGAUUUCUGAAAGAAUUAUAUGGAGAGGGACUUUCGCCCAUGAGAAGGACAGCGCUUUAAUACUGUCCAACUCAUUGACUGGCCACGCUCGCGCCCGUGUGGUCGUUGAGAUCGAGCGAGAGCUAACAGAAGUUAGCUGGACGGCUAUCGGCGAUUGAGGGGGACAACCCGGGAGAGGAGACGGGUCGACAGAGAACGCCGUUGUCAUCAAACUUGAUAGUAUGUCGCCCUCUGGAAGUAACUCAAGCUUUGGAUGAGGUUCAGUGGCGCCUUUCGAUCGCAGAGAGUUUUUUGACGCGACAGUGGGCUGUGAUGUUUGUGCCAGCGCGGGGCUCCGGUGGAGGCGCGGCGGCGGCGUCCCGGGGUUGGCCGCAUACGGUGCUGUGGAGACUGGGGGGUUUCUUUCUCCUCUUGCUCCUCGAAGGGGCCCGAUGCCUCACCAACCCGAGCAAUGCGCCGGGCAUAAACAAUAACAACAGACCGAAUGUGAACGUGUUCAUGAGCGAGGAAGAGGUGAAGAAACUCUUGGGUCUUGAUGCUGAGCUGUACUAUGUAAGGGAUGAUGUGGUAAAUCAUUAUGCCCUCUCCUUCAUCCUCCCUGUUCCCAGUGACACCAACAGCUUGCAUUUCACCUGGCACUCCAGCAGCAAGGUGGAAUACAGGUUGGGGUUUCAGGUGGAGAACAUGUCAGCCAUGGAUCAACCUCAGAGCAACAUCUCAGCCCAGGGAGAUGUCCCUCGAACUCGUUCAGUUUUCAGAGUGGACCUCUUCUGCUCUGGGAAGGCUGAUGGAGAGGCAGUGCUAACAGUGCAGUUGAACAUGACUACACCAGCCAACCACUUUACAGUGCUCAACUUCAAACGCAGGAAAAUGUGUUACCGAAGAAUUGAGCAGCCAGAGCCCCCCAAAACUCUGCCGUUCCCUAACACAACAAUACAGAGAAUAGACUCGAGCAGUUCAAAUGCUCCCACCACAUCCACUCGAGUUUUCUACAUCAGCGUGUGUGUGUGCUGCAUUGUCAUCUUUCUGGUGGCCAUCAUCCUUGCUGUGCUACAUCUGCACAGCAUGAAGAGAGUGGAUAUAGAUGACAGCAUUAGUGGCAGUGGAAGCUCCCAGGGCCUGUCUCAGCCCUCCACUCAGACCACCCAGUACCUGAGGGCAGACACCCCCAACAACGCUACACCUGUCACCAAUGUUCAAACUGGCUCUGCACCCAUGCUCCAGCUUGCGGGCACCUCCUUCCCCCACCCUGGUGCCCCCUCGCACGAAACCAAAAGCUAUCCCUCACUGCGGAUAGAGAAGAAUGACUUGAGAAGUGUAACUUUUCUUGAGGCCAAGGCAAAGGUAAAAGACAUCGCCAUUUCCAGAGAGAGAGUAACACUCCGAGACGUCCUUCAUGAAGGGACAUUUGGCCGCAUAUUCCAUGGAUUCUUGCUUGAUGAGAAGGACCCAAGCAAAGAGAAACAAGUCUUUGUGAAAGCAGUGAAAGAUCACGCCUCAGAGGUUCAGGUGACCAUGAUGCUGACAGAAAGCUGUAAACUACGAGGGCUUCACCACAGGAACCUGUUACCAAUCAGUCAUGUGUGUAUAGAAGACGGUGAGAAGCCCAUGGUCCUGCUGCCCUAUAUGAACUGGGGAAAUCUGAAGCUUUUCCUGCGACAGUGUAAGCUCGCAGAGGCCAACAACCCACAGGCCAUCUCUCAGCAAGACCUGGUCCACAUGGCAAUACAGAUUUCAUGUGGGAUGAGCUACUUGGCACGGAGAGAGGUCAUUCACAAAGAUCUGGCUGCCAGAAACUGCGUAAUUGAUAACAGCAUGCAAGUGAAGAUUACAGACAAUGCGCUCGCCCGAGACCUCUUCCCCAUGGACUACCACUGCCUCGGGGACAACGAGAACAGACCAGUGCGUUGGAUGGCCUUGGAGAGUUUGCUCAACAACGACUUCUCAAGUGCCAGUGAUGUGUGGGCUUUUGGGGUAACUCUGUGGGAGCUGAUGACCUUGGGACAGACUCCUUAUGUUGACAUCGACCCCUUCGAAAUGGCCGCCUACCUGAAGGACGGCUACAGAAUAGCACAACCCAUCAACUGCCCUGAUGAACUGUUUGCAGUGAUGGCUUGUUGCUGGGCCUUGGAUCCAGAAGAGAGACCAAAAUUCCAACAGCUCGUCCAAUGCCUUACAGAGUUCCAUGCAGCUUUGGGGGCGUACGUCUAAAUUCUCACCCAAGGUUUCUCACUCAAUCCCAGAAGAUAUGUUGAACAGCACUAUUCAGCAGAAUAAGAGUUAAUGCAGUGCCUUACUUUAUAAGAAAACUAGCCAUUUUGUAAAAUGUUUUUUUAUUUCAUGUUAAAUGAAAUCUGGCUUUGUUCGAGAGGUGUAGCUUACACUUGGGGGUCAGUAUCUUCACAGCUAUGUGAAAUAUCAAGAACUAUUUUCCCAUACUAAAGAACAUUCAAUCCUCCACUCCUGUUCACACCGUUGUAUGGAAUGCUGGUAUUAGGGUGUCCACAGGAAGCUGCUGUUCUCCUUGUUUCACAAAGAAACGUUUUUUCUUUCCCAGCAAUAGAAACAAGAAAAGAAACUGGCUUAGUAAAUUCCUUUUUGGACAUAUUUUAAAUGUUGUUGUCAGAGAUAUAUAUACGUACAUUUUCCAGAAGACUUCAGUGAGAGGACGAUCAUCUCCACUGCAUAAGGUCCUGCAUAUAUUUUUAAAGACAAUUCAGUGAGAGAAGAGGACUGCAUUAGAUGUAAUGGGGGGUGGGGGGGGGGGGGCUCAGCCCGGGCAUGGCAAUUGGUACGUUAAGUAGACUCGCAAAGAAAUGACAACCUUUUUGGUCUCCAUCCAAUCACACAACUGGGACUGAAGAUGGUGGAGCUCUACCGCUGGCUAUAAGCUUUACCUCCUUAAAUUAUGAAAUACCCAUGGACAUGUGGACCAGCGUGUUGGGAUCCUGAAAGUUAAAUUAGACUGGUACAGGGUUUUCAUAUUCCUUAAGCUUUUGAUGUUUGACUGUUCUGUGUCAGAACAAUGCCUUGUAUGUUUAAAAAUGAGUGAAUACAUGGCAAAGAAAACAAAUACAAGUCUCUGUGAAUGACAUGUACGGCCUAGACAUAAUUUUCAACAAAUCUCUUGUUCUGAAUCUAUAGGCUCUUCUUGCUAUCCUUGUGAUCACUGCAUGUUGAUUUUUUAAAGGUUUUGUGUAAACUUUCCUGAAUUCAUACCUACAAAUUAAACGAGUCCUCUAAAUAAAGUGGGAUCUCAGUGA